AAGCGUUACGUGGUGACGUUAAUUCUAUAUGAGCGCGAGCGGCGGGAGCUUGGGUCCUUUCCUACUGCCAGCCGCGCGGCGCUGCUUGCUUCCUCCCUCGCUCCUGAGUCACUGCGAGACUGAGAGGAGAGGAGACGAGAGCCGGCCUCGCGCAGAGAUUUUCUGAGGUCUGGAAAAAUGGCAGACAUUGACAACAAAGAACAAGCUGAACUUGAUCAGCAAGAUAUGGAAGAUGUUGAAGAAGUAGAAGAAGAAGAAUCUGGAGAAGAUGCUAAUAGCAAAGCACGUCAGCUGACUGUACAAAUGAUGCAGAAUCCUCAAAUUCUUGCAGCCCUUCAGGAAAGACUUGAUGGUUUGGUUGGAACACCAACAGGAUAUAUUGAAAGCUUACCUAAAGUAGUUAAGAGACGUGUAAAUGCACUCAAGAAUCUUCAAGUUAAAUGCGCACAGAUAGAAGCAAAAUUCUAUGAAGAAGUUCAUGAACUGGAAAGAAAAUAUGCUGCUCUUUAUCAGCCCCUAUUUGACAAGAGGAGUGAAAUCAUCAAUGCAGCAUAUGAACCUACUGACGAAGAAUGUGAAUGGAAAACAGAUGCUGAAGAAGACAUUUCAGAGGAAAUGAAAGAGAAGGCCAAGCUUGAAGAGGAGAAAAAAGAUCAAGAAAAAGAUGAUCCUAAAGGAAUUCCUGAAUUUUGGCUGACUGUAUUCAAGAAUGUUGACUUGCUCAGUGAUUUGGUUCAGGAACAUGAUGAGCCAAUUCUGAAACACUUGAAAGAUAUUAAAGUGAAGUUUUCAGAAGCUGGGAACCCUAUGACCUUUAUAUUAGAAUUCCACUUUGAACCUAAUGAAUUUUUCACAAAUGAAGUUUUGACAAAAACAUACAGAAUGAGGUCAGAACCUGAUGAUUCUGAUCCUUUCUCCUUCGAUGGACCAGAAAUUAUGAGUUGUUCAGGGUGCCAAAUAGACUGGAAAAAGGGGAAGAAUGUUACUUUGAAAACCAUCAAAAAGAAACAAAAACACAAGGGCCGUGGAACAGUCAGAACAGUGACGAAAACAGUUUCCAAUGACUCUUUUUUCAAUUUUUUCAGUCCUCCAGAAGUCCCUGAAACUGGAGAUUUGGACGAUGAUGCUGAAGUCAUUCUUGCAGCUGAUUUUGAAGUUGGUCACUUUCUACGGGAGCGCAUCAUCCCACGAUCAGUAUUGUAUUUCACAGGAGAAGCCAUUGAAGAUGAUGAUGACGAUUAUGAUGAAGAGGGCGAGGAAGCUGAUGAUGAGGAAGGGGAAGAAGAAAUCGAUGAAGAAAAUGAUCCGGAUUAUGACCCAAAGAAGGAUCAAAACCCAGCAGAAUGCAAGCAGCAGUGAAGCAGUGUAUGUGGCCUUGAGGAUUAUCUGCACUGUAAUAGCCUAAACACAACUAUUAGUUACUUACAGCCUUAUGUUUUGUAUCUUGGUAGAAUUAAGUAAACAUUUUGUUAAAACAAACUGACAGAACCAGUUUAAAAUGUAGGUUCCUUGUACCUAGCAUUUUAAUAGUACUUUUCUGCCAAUAUGUAGAAUGCAGUAAAUCCCUAAAGCAUGAAUAGUUAAUUCAUUGCUGUAUAUAGUUUGGUUCUUGUGAAGUCUGUUGUCAUGUAGCUAUUAGACUGCAGCUGUGAAGAUCCCUGAACUGUUGACAGAGACCACUAUUUGUUUAGAAAGGAUCCUUUCUUGAAGAACCAACCAAAGUCUUUUUUCAGCCCAGUAGUUUAAAUGGGUUUAAGUCUGCUUGCACUAGCUGUGCCUUCAUUACUUUGUCAUAGAAACGGCGGUGACUCAUACUAACUAGGACGUGACAUGCAUUUUUUAAUUUGACUACUUCCAUAUAAUCUGUUCAUUUCCAUCAAGACCACAUGGAACAUUCAUAACUGUCUGCUUGUUUACGCUCCUUAAGUUUUUGUAUUUUGUGAUGGUGACCUACAGAAAAACUAGAGACAUCAUAUUAAGGUUGUUUAUCACUGGGGUGUGAAUAAACCUAGUAUUUUCAGAAA